AAAAAGAAAAAAGAAAAAAAAAACCCUAGUUACCGACUUAAAAACCCAAAAGGCCCAAACUCUCAAUUCUUAAACUGCAGAUCCCCCAUCGAUUUUUUUUUUUUACCAUUUUCACUUACCGAGCUCUCCACAAAUUCACCUUCUUCUUCCCCCCAGGAAAUCUCUCUGCUGUAGUAGAACUGUAAAAUCUGGAAGACCCCAUGCUCGAAAAUUCAAAGUUACCGGAAAAUCCAAGCACCGCCACAAGCAACCAGAAUAAUGAGGAGGUUGCUGGCGGCGGUGAGCCAGCCUCGGUUGGGUUUGAAGAGGAAGAUAGGGCGGGACUUGAAGAGGGUUACCGGAACUGGGCCGGUAAUCGGUGGCCUCGCCAAGAGACUUUGGCUUUGCUGAAGAUAAGGUCAGAUAUGGAUGCUGAGUUCAAGGAAGCAAGUAUUAAGGUUCCUCUUUGGCAAGAGGUGUCCAGGAAAAUGGGAGAGCUUGGACAUAAUAGGACCGGCAAGAAAUGCAAGGAGAAAUUUGAGAACAUAUACAAGUACCACAGAAGAACUAAAGAAUCUGGUCGACCCAAUGGCAAGGCUUACAGGUUUUUUGAGCAAUUAGAGGCUCUAGACCACCACGAUUUUGAACUUCCUCCUCCUCCUGCUUCUGAAAAAGUUCAAACUUCAGUAGCAGAAAUAGCAACAAACCCAACAAAUGUUGUUUACAACGCAAUCCCAUGUUCUAUUCAACAUCCGGAUUCGAGUUUUGUUGAAAACUCUAGUUCUACCACAUCGUCCUCGAGCAAAGAAUCUGAAGGCACCCAUAAGAAAAAGAGGAGAUUAACUGAGUUCUUUGAGAGGAUGAUGAAUGAAGUGAUAGACAAGCAAGAGAAUUUACAGAAGAAGUUUGUAGAGGUAUUGGAGAAGCAUGAACAAGAUCGAAUAACAAGGGAAGAGGCAUGGAAGAUGCAAGAAUUGGCUAGAAUUAAGAGAGAAAGAGAGAUACUAGUUCAAGAGAGGUCGGUUGCAGCUGCAAAGGAUGCUGCUGUUCUUGCAUUUCUGCAGAAGUUUUCAGAACAAUCAGGCACAAUGCAAUUUCCAGAACAAGCAUUUUCAGUGCAUUUCCCAGCACAACCACCGUCAUCAAUGCAAUUUCCAGAGCAACCGUCCCCAGUGCAACUUCCGGAGCAACCACCAUCAGGACAAUUUCCAGAGCAAUCAACUCCAGUGCAAUUGCCUGUUAACUCACAAGCCGACACAUUUAUGGACAAGCAAGAAAAGACAAAUGAUGCAAAUGUUGUGCAUAUGAGUUUGGAUAAGCAAGAAAGGAAUAAUGGUAGAAGUUAUAUGCAUAUGAGCUCUUCACGGUGGCCUAAAGAGGAAGUUGAAGCUUUGAUUAAGAUCAGAGCUGAUUUUGAUUUGCAGUAUCAAGAAAGUGGACCUAAAGGGCCUCUGUGGGAGGAGAUUUCAGCAGCCAUGGUAAAGCUUGGUUAUGACCGGAGCGCCAAGAGGUGCAAAGAGAAGUGGGAGAACAUAAACAAAUACUAUAGGAGAAUAAAAGAAAGCAACAAAAAAAGGCCUGAGGAUUCAAAGACAUGUGGUUAUGUUCGCCUGCUGGAUGCUUUGCACAAUAAGAAGACUCAUAGCAUUGAGAGUCAAGUUAACUCUACUUAUGAAUUGAAGCCUGAGGAGCUAUUGAUGCAUAUGAUGGGUGGGCAAGCAGAGCAGCAUCAGCCGGAAACAGUGACUGAGGACGGUGAUAGCGAGAAUGUUGAUCAGAUUCAAGGAGAUGAUGAAAAUGCAGAUGGAGAUGGAUAUCAAAUUGCAUCCGGUAAUCCUUCUUCAAUGGAAAUUAUGAGCUGAGGUUCACAAACAUAAGAAGUCCUUCCUGAAAGCUUAAGUUGGUGUGCGUAAUGUUAGAAGUGAGUUGGGGAAUGUUGUGGCUACGGCAGCGUUGUGGGUUAGAUUUUGGUUUUGAGAACUUUGUUUUAGUGUUGGUGUAAGAUGGUGUCUACAAACAUAUCUUGAGAUUUAUCAUAUGUUGAAUCAUGAGAGAGAGAGAGAGAGAGAGAGAGAGAGAGAGAGAGAGAGAGAGAGGGGGGGGUGUAAAUUAGUAUGGCUUUGGUCCUGUUCAAUCCCCAUGUUUGCAGAAGUUGGAAAUGGUUGGCUUGAUUUGAAUUAAUAAAGACCUGCACCAGUGGUCCUGUUACAAUGAAUA